AUGCCUGGUACGACCGAGGACAAGAAUAAGUUAAUGGCAAACACAGCCUGCCAAGAAGUUUUGAAUCGAGACUAUGAUGAAUCCAAAGGUGGUCGUCUGCUAUGUGAAGGGACAUAUUUCUCGUUUAAUCACACGUGUUACCUUGUAAUUGAUCAUGGUCCUGUGGAUGCCACAACCUAUGAUAUCCGCAUGUUCAAAUGGAGAGCACAAGAGCUAGUCCCUGUGGCCAAAAUCCUCCCAUAUAUUCUCAAACAGUUUCGAGACAAAUACCAAUUUAAUCCAGCCGACAGACCUAAAUGCCCGGUGUACACGGACGAGCAAUUUAGGGACAAAUUCGGCCCUGAUGAACACCGAAGGCUCGUGGAAGCCAUAGAGGAGAAGAAAAGAAUUGCACGAGAAUACAGCGGUAGCACUUAUUAGCAGUGAUAUCCCAUUGUGGACAGCCUUGUAAUCUGCUGCUUCAUUGUGCAUAGGAGGAGUUAGGCACAGAGGCGAUAGAGAUAGAGCUCUCCAAAGCCAGACUGUACCUACUUCGGGCCUUUCAUACGAUAUGCUCUAAAUCAAUUUCAACACGAUUGUGGUUA